AUGACACUACUUACUCGGAAGGACCAACCCUUCACUUGGACGAACAAGUGUGAGGAUAGUUUUCAGGAGCUUAAACGGAGGUUGACUAGUGCUCCCAUAUUGGUAAUUCCGGAUGUGGGGAAACCGUUCGAAGUCUACUGUGACGCAUCUCAUCUUGGGCUCGGCUGUGUUCUAAUGCAAGAGAAGAAGGCAGUGGUGUAUGCUUCAAGACAACUAAAGGUGCAUGAGUGUAACUAUCUCACUCAUGACCUAGAGUUGGCAGCCAUAGUGUUCGCCUUGAAGAUCUGGAGACACUAUCUUUAUGGUGCUCAAUUUCGCGUGUUCAAUAACCACAAGAGGAAGGAAAAUGUGGUGGUUGAUGCCUUGAGUAGGAAGACCGUACAUGCUACACACCUUAUGAUCAAGGAGGUGAAGUUACUAGAGAAAUUCCGAGAUAUGAAGCUACGGGUGAAGUUGGGAUUUGAGUUCAUUAGAUGUAGCACCCUUACUAUAUAUAGUGACUUCUUGGACUCAAUCAGAGAGAGACAGUUAUUGGAUGCCAGUCUAAACAGGGUCAGAGAACAACUUGGGUCGGAUGAGGCUAGAGACUUUGGUUUGGGUGAUGAUGGCAUACUGAGGUUCCAGGGCAAAGUAUGCAUACCUGACGAUGUUGAGAUCACGAGGAGGAUUGGACCGGUGGCUUACGAGAUAGUUUUACCCCCGCAAUUGGCAAACCUUCACCCAGUGUUCCACGUCUCACAAUUGAGAAAGUAUGUACUUGACCCGACUCAUGUGUUGGAAGCCGAGAUAUACAAAUCAGGGAAGAUCUCACAAUGGAAGUACCACCCAUCGCUUUAG